UUACCGCAUUUAUGGGGUACAAUGUACUGAUUUUAUAUACAAUUUGGAAUGCUUACAUCAAACUGGUUGACAAAGCCUUCACAACUCAAUUUAACUUGAGUUGGGAGGAGGAGGAGGGACGCUGAUUGGUUUGCUCCGUACCUAAUGGCACAUUGUAAACACAUAUGACACACCUCCUGGGGGGGGGAACACAACUGCAAUGGGGACCUUACCUAAACAAUGCAAACAUUGUAAGCUAAUUGUUUGCACCCUCAUUUAAUCUGAAAUUUAAAAAAUAUAUAUUAAGGGUUUAGCACAAUUCUUGGCCCUUGGAAAUUUAAAAAUCAUGAAAAAAAUUUAUUGUUGUAGAAAUUGUUGUUGCCAUUAUGUAGAGUAACCACAGACAUCAAAUUUGAUAUUUCUUUGUGGAAUAUACCAGAAUUUUUUAAAAAGCCACAAAGCCAAUAUACAUCUGCUGACACGAUACAAACAAAACCAGUUAAAUUUUCUGAAGUCUGCAGAAUCAACUGUGUGGGAUUUUUGAGACGGAACUUUAGCCCCACAAAGAUUGCUUUCACUUCGCUCACUCCUCCCCCAUCCUCAGCUGCACGGCCCCAAGUACAAUUUAUUCACAAUGCCCACAGUGUCAUCAAUUCCUUGAAAAAAAUUUUUUUCCUCCCCUCCACUGCAACAGGGACCUGGAGGGCCAUGCUUGGCUGUCUUCCCCGGUGGGAGAAGGGCAGGCUGUAUCCCACGUUUAGGGCUGUGCUCUUGGCUUCCCUCCCUUAUUGACUACAUUGUUUCGGGGAUUUGACAGUGAAUGUUUCCACUGAUCCAAAAUCCAGACAGUCUGUGAGUGCUGGGCAUGUUGUCAGGGUGGCAGCUCCCAUUACCAAUGAGGACCUCUCCCCUGCAAGGGCCUCAUGUGGGCCUCAAUAGGCACCACAGUCCCUAAGCCUGGCUUUAGACGUACACACACGUAAAUGUACCAAACACACACAUCCUGUUCCGCGAGCUGCAUAACCCUGGACGUCCAUUCUCGUGAUUGACGCUGUUCAGUUCUCAGGGAACGCUUCUUUAGCUCCAUGUCCUAAAAACAAAAGAUUACAGCCUCUGAAUGCCGUGAACUGCUGAUGCUUAGAUUAAAAAAUAGUCAACUUGUCAAAUCCUCCUUCUCAGACAACAUGAAUAUUGGGAUUCCUGCAUGACAAAGUACAGAGUAUAGUUUCCCAAGGGUGAGAAUAGUCCAUUUUCUUGUUUCUGGCAGUGUUCCAACUUGGGUUCCAGCAGUAAGGAGAAUCAGCAGGGUUUUGCAACAGUUGCACACGACGGUUGGGGAUGACAGCAAUACUGACUACUCCUAAAUUCCUCUAUACGAAUGUUGGAAACACUAUGCAUUUACAUAAUAUAAGGGGUGACACAACUCACAACACAAAAAAGAGCAAUUCAUAUGAUUAAAUCCAACUAGUAGUUUGUAAUUUUUCUGCAACAAUUUAUCAUGUUGGUGCCAUUAUAAUGCAGAACAUUAAAAUUUAUAGGUUAUUUGUAAACCUGAGCAUCUCAUUUUAAAAAGCAAUUUCAUUAUAAAUGCUUCAGCAAAGUUUCUUCAAGAUGAAAUUAAUAAACUACACUCUAAGAAAUACAAUGAUUCAAGAAAGAUGGUCUAAUUUGGCAUUUAAGAACAUAAUCUUAAUUUUUGUAUUAACAAUGUUUAAUAUUUGUGAUUUUACUAGGGAACAAAUUUAUGAAAAAUGAUGGUUUAUGAAGUUCGUGUUUGUUCUAUAGCGCUAUACAUCCAGACGCCACCAGCCCAUCAGCCGAAAAGGGAGACCUUUACCAGGACGACUAAAUUCAGCCUCCUUGGACAUCUGGCUGACAUUCACUCAUAUGAAACCGUAACUUUACACUUAAUUUUUCUGUUUCAUUGGCACGAAAUUAUAAUUGUCAGAACACAUUUUAACUGCUUGAUUUAUAACUUUUAAAUAUUUAGGUUUAUGGCAUAUGGGCCUCCAUUUCUCCUCCUGCCCCAUCGCGCAAAUGUUGGUGGCCGGCCGGAGCGAGUGGCACCCGGAUCCCGGAGCUCUCCCUCCAGAAUCCCAGCGCUGGGCUCCCAGGAGCGGUCCGGCAGGUGUCCCGAGGCCCCGCCCCGGCGUCCACCUGCUCGAGGAUUGGCUGCCUCCGAGCUAGUGGGCGGCCCCUGUGUCCGGAUGAAGUUGGGGGUCGCUGGCGCGGGCUGCGCGAGGUUUCAGGCGUUGGCGGCCAAGGCGCAGGGCGCCGGCCGCACCAGCUGUUGUCCAGCCGUGUGCGCGCGCUGCAGCCCGGGCGGGGUUCCCCAUGCCCUUUGCAAACCCGCUUGCUGUCCCUCUGCGCCCUUCCUCCUGCAGCUCUCCCCAGCUGUCCCGCAACUCCUGGGUCCAGCCCGUGGAGAGUCCCGGACUCCGGGCCUCGUGCGUGUCCGAGCAGCCUUGGCGCGCUGCCACCCGGUGGCCCGACCAGGGGCGCUGUGUAGGACCCGGGCUGGGAGGGGCCAGGCCGGGGCGGCGCGCGGGGGCUGCAGGAAGCGGAGGCGGCAGUCGCUGGGGGACCGGCUCCGUGGGGUUGGAGACACCCGGAAACGGAUUCUGCUCCGGUGCCCGCGCCAGCCGGGUAUCUCGAAGGGAGCGAGGGAGGCGGGCGGGCAGCUGCUGAGUAAUCCCCGCCGCGGCGGCCCGGCGCCCACGUCCCCCGCCGCGCUGCAGCCGGGCCGCGGCUCCUCCCUCCGCUUCUCCCCUCCCCCGCCGCCCGCUCCGCUCGCCUCCCGGCAGGUAGAGCCGGACUCCGGGCGCGCACGGCGCUGCGGCGGCUGCCUCCCGACCUCGCCUCGGCCCAGCGCAGGGCCUCGCGCGCCCAUGGCCGGUUCCGAGCAGCAGCAGCCGCGGCGGCGGGACGACGGAGAUUCGGACUUGGCGGCGGCGGCGCCCCUGCGGGACGCGGAGCUGGCCCUGGCCGGCAUCAACAUGCUGCUCAACAAUGGCUUUAGGGAGUCGGACCAGCUUUUCAAACAAUACAGAAAUCAUAGCCCAUUAAUGAGUUUUGGAGCCAGCUUUGUCAGUUUUUUGAAUGCCAUGAUGACAUUUGAAGAAGAAAAAAUGCAGAUGGCGUGUGAUGACUUAAAAACUACAGAGAAGCUCUGUGAAAGUGAAGAGGCCGGAGUGAUUGAAACAAUCAAGAAUAAGAUUAAGAAGAAUGUUGAUGUCCGAAAGUCCGCCCCGUCUGUGGUUGACCGGCUGCAGAGGCAGAUAAUCAUAGCUGACUGUCAGGUUCACCUGGCUGUGCUUUCGUUCGUAAAGCAGGAAUUGUCAGCAUACAUAAAAGGUGGGUGGAUCCUUAGGAAGGCCUGGAAGAUUUACAAUAAAUGCUAUCUGGACAUCAAUACCCUUCAGGAGGUGUAUCAGAAGAAGCUAACGGAAGAAUCCUUGACUUCUGAUGCUGCAAAUGAUAAUCACAUUGUGGCUGAAGGGGUGUCUGAGGAGUCUCUAAACAGACUGAAAGGUGCUGUGAGCUUUGGAUAUGGCCUUUUUCACCUUUGCAUAUCCAUGGUGCCCCCAAACCUGCUCAAAAUCAUCAACCUGCUGGGUUUUCCUGGAGACCGCCUACAGGGGCUUUCUUCACUGAUGUAUGCAAGCGAAAGUAAGGACAUGAAGGCCCCUUUAGCUACAUUGGCGCUGCUCUGGUACCACACCGUAGUCCGCCCGUUUUUUGCCUUGGACGGCAGUGAUAACAAAGCAGGCCUGGACGAAGCAAAGGAAAUUCUCCUCAAAAAAGAAGCUGCUUAUCCCAAUUCUUCCCUCUUUAUGUUUUUCAAGGGACGGAUACAACGAUUAGAGUGUCAAAUCAACAGUGCCUUGGCGUCUUUCCACACAGCUUUGGAACUUGCCGUCGAUCAGAGAGAGAUUCAGCAUGUGUGUCUAUAUGAAAUCGGUUGGUGCAGCAUGAUAGAGCUCAAUUUCAAGGAUGCAUUUGAUUCCUUUGAGAGGCUAAAAAAUGAGUCCAGGUGGUCUCAGUGCUACUAUGCGUACCUGACUGCAGUGUGUCAGGGAGCCACCGGUGAUGUGGAUGGGGCACAGAUCGUCUUUAAAGAAGUUCAGAAACUCUUCAAAAGAAAAAACAAUCAGAUUGAACAGUUCUCAGUGAAAAAGGCAGAGAGAUUUCGGAAACAAACCCCAACCCAAGUGCUCUGUGUGUUGGCGUCCAUCGAAGUGUUAUACUUGUGGAAAGCUCUUCCAAACUGUUCCUUCCCCAACCUACAGAGGAUGAGUCAAGCUUGCCAUGAAGUGGAUGACUCAUCUGUCGUUGGAUUAAAGUAUUUGCUUCUUGGUGCCAUUCACAAAUGUCUAGGAAACUCGCAAGAUGCUAUUCAGUUCUUUCAGCGAGCUGUUAAAGAUGAGUUGUGUCGUCAGAAUAACUUGUAUGUUCAGCCGUAUGCCUGCUAUGAACUUGGCUGUCUGCUAAUAGACAAACCAGAGACUGUUGGAAGAGGCAGAACUCUCCUUCUUCAAGCAAAGGAGGACUUCUCUGGCUACGACUUUGAAAACAGAUUGCAUGUCCGCAUCCAUGCUGCUCUGGCCUCUCUGAGGGAAUUGGUUCCUCAGUGACAGACCCAGUGCCCGCUCUGUCCCUCCCCACCCAGGGUCUACACUUUAAAAUAAAAGCAGAAGACGAGACUCUUGUGAAGAUCGGCUUUUCUUCUGAAAAACCACCUGUGCCAGGGACACAUUUUCCCAGUUAAGCUGACAUAUUAAAGAUGUCCUCUUUUAAACAUACAGCUAAAAAGUAAUGAUGUGGAUGAUGAUGAUCACCUGGGGAGAAGGUUAAGUGACCUUGUUCAAACAUUUUAGUUUUGCAAUUUAUUAUUUUUAAAAUAAAAGCGAACUAAAUAUUCAACCUAUGAAAUGGUCUUGUAGGAACACCUACCUGAGCACAUAUCUGAAUGGGUAACAUUACGAGGUAAUAAUGGUAAAAAUAUUAACAAUAUCAUAGCAUAGCAUUUAUAUUGUGUUUUGAAAAAAAUAAAAGUGCUUUCUAGUGUUU